AAUAUCCACCAAUCAGACACUAUGUUAUAUAGCACAGUAGGUCGUACCGCUUCCGGUAUCAACUUCCGGUGCAGAGCAGAGGAAGGGGAAGAGGAACAACAGAACACAGACAGACCUGAGCCUAAACACACAGAAAAGACAGAACAGCAGCCCACAAUCGCGAUAAUGAGUCGUUUGUACGACAACCAGCCGUUAAUGUCCAUUCCAGUCCAGACUCACCAGCUGACAACUGUAUGGAAUCCCAGCAACUACCAAAAAGGUGCAGGAGUGCUGGUGGAGGGAAGGAUCGAGGGCAGGUCCAGACAUGUCAUCAUUGAUCCCAGUCAGACCAAGUUCAGGUAUUGCGUGCUGCAUGUCCACCCCACCCAAGCCCAUCGCAGGAAGUUUGAUGCAGCCGGGAAGGAGGUCGAACCAAACUUCAGUGACACUUGGAAGGUUAACACAGGCUACCUGCACUCAUCAUACAAAGUGGAAGCCAGGGGUCAGACCGACAGGCUGACCACAGAAGAGCUGGAGGCAGUGGUGAUGUCAGCUGAGCUGGACCACCUGACACAGCAGGUCAAGAGACACGGCUGUCUGUCCUUCUGGGUCCAGGAGGAGGAGCUGGCAGGGAUGGAGCUGAACACCGGGGACAACGUCAGAUUAAAAACCAGGGGAGAUGGACUCUUCAUUUAUAAUGUUGCCCAGCUGGACGGGGCAACAUCGCAGGUCUCCAACUUUGCUGGGGGCAACAUGGUGGGGGCAUCAUGGACAGAGAAGGUCAUGGCUGUGAAGAGGGACCAGCAAGAACAGAGGGACGAAGAGAACCAGGGGGUGGAUGAAGACGAAUGGGAUGACUAGAGGGAUCAACCAAAGGGUGAAAGAGAGAAUAAGGAGUGACAGCAGAAUAUUUUUCACUAGCUAGCAGCAUGCCUUAUUCUAACCCAGCUUAAUGCCAAGUACAAGUACAGAGGAAAACAACAUGACAAGCUAUUGUCAUAUUGGUUAUAAUUCAUCAUAAUAAUGCUGCAGGCAUAUAAUAUAUUUUUUCAUUAAUAACUCUUCAUUUUAUAGUACUACUAUUGUAUUAGUACAAUUUCCAUACACUGUACAAGAAGUCAAAGGAAACAGCAAGACUUGUUCACAAGUGUUGGUCUGUUAAAACAAUGUGGUCUUCAUUUUGCACAACAUGUUCAUAAAUAUACACCUUUACAUUUACU